AUGGCACCCCGUGGUCGUGGAGGAAAGUUCUCCAAGCCGACUCGAGGAGGCGGCAAAAAGUUCAGUCGUGAUCUUCAACCCACCGAUAAAGAUGGAAACCCCGUCAGUCUCUGGCGUGAAAAAGACGACGGCAUCCCUUCAUCUAGCGACGAAGAAUCCUCUGCGGAAGACUCUCAGGAGGAAAACUCGGACGAAGAUGAUGACGAUGCCACUACCCCAUCCACCGUUAUCCCCGGUCUCCCCGGUUCCAGCACACAACAACCAUCCGACUCCGCCAACGAUCUAAGCCGCGAAGCUCGCCGCGCCGCCGCAAAGGCCAAAAAGCAAGCCGCCAUCGCUCGACGCGGUAAAGCACCCGCUCAGCCGGGCGACUUGCCCCCCUCCGACAGCGACGAGUCGGACGCAUCCGCAUCAGAAGACGAGCAAGAUCUCCCCGCAAACCCCAACCACAGUGCCAAAUCCCGAUCACAAGCCGCUAAGCCGGUCAGCGCGCCGAGCGCAUCGGCUCCCGCUGCGGCUGGUGCGGGUUCGGGCGCCAAGAAGGUGGUCAAGGACCUGUCGCAGCUUUCGCGGCGUGAACGGGAGGCGAUCGAGGCGCAGCAGGCGCGGGAGCGGUACUUGAAGCUUCAUGCGGAGGGGAAGACGGAUGAGGCCAAGGCGGAUUUGGCGCGGUUGGCGGUGAUUCGGGAGCAGCGUGAGGCGGAGCGGUUGAGGAAGUUGGCGGAGAAGGAGGAGAGAGAUGAGCAGAUUCGGGCCAAGGCGGCGCUGGUGAAGGAGCGAGAGGAUAAAUUGAGACAGGCUGCGUUGGGGAAGGGGAAGAAGGGAAAGAAAUGA